AUGGCAACUAGAAGAGCGACCCGAACACAAGAAGAAGAAAAUCCGGAUAUCAAAGAUAUCCUAACAUGCAUUUCAAAGAAACUUGACAACAUUGGGGAAUCUCUACAGCAAAUAGUAGAUCAUCAGCAUAAGGAAGAGAGAAACACAUCCGAAUGUUUUGAACAGUUUAAUAGAUCGAUGAGUACAAUUAGUAACGAAAUCGGAAAUGCAUUAGAUAAAACAAACCAUAUAAACAUGGAAAAUCAAGUGAAAAAUCAACGCCAAAAGAUAUCUAGAAUUUGGAAUAAUCAUUUGAAUAAACGAAAGCAACUGUACUGGCACAGCUUGAACAGUGAAAAUACAGCACUAAUAUACGAAACGUGGAUCAACAAAGAAAAGAAAAUAUUGCCCAGAAAAUUUCUUAUCAAAUCCAUUGCGAACGAGGAUAUCAACGAAACAAGAAUACGACAAAAUUCUGCCGUCGAAAAUUUCCGAAACGAGCUCGCUCUCCUGAACGUCCGAGCCGAACGACAUAAAUCAAAAUGCAAGCAGACGGAAGAAGAAAUGAAAAAAUUCCUUGAAGACCGUUUUACUGGUCAUACCCUUACAGAAUUGAAGAAUCUAUGGCACGAAGAUGUUACGCAUGAAGAAUCCAAAUCCUUAAAGAAAUGGGAAUCCAAGCAAAUUUGGCUUGAGAAGUAUGAAGCUGAAUUUAAACAUGAGAGCUUCCUGAAACCCCCAAGGAAGUACAACGAGAGCAAACCAACGGGAGAUUCGCGACAACAAGAUCGACGCG